AAAAUUCGCUUAAGCUUUCGGGAAAUUAUGUGUCCAAUGGAAGAAUUAGGCCCCGCGGUCGAUUGACUGCAUCGCACAUUCAAAGCAAACUCACAUUUCAUCGUGCUCCCAGAUUGUUAUUUCGAGGAGGGAUCUCGUAAUCGUAGAACUCUGAAUGACGUUGUCGUGUCGUGUGGAUUUCUGUGUUUUUUCGCUCGGUGUUGUAGUGUCGUAACUGAGGUUUCGGAGAAGAAGGUAUUUAGGGUUUCUUAGGAGGGGGCGUGAAGGAGACGAUGGAGGAGAUGAAAUGAGGGAUCGAGGAGGUGAGAGGGGAAGAGUAUUUGAUGGAGUAUAGACCAUCGGGAAGCGGGGCAGGCAUGAGGUCGGCCUCGAGAAUGGACUCGAUGAGCUUAGGCAGGGAGGGGAUCAGGGGCCGCAGGGAAGGCGAGGUUAGGUUUGCGCCCGGCUCGUUUCAGUACAAUGGCCGAGUGGCCGUUGCGUUGGUUCCGAGUGCGAUAUUCUUGUCGGGAAUUGGAGGGAAGCCCGUGCUGGCCACCCUGACGGUAGGGUUAAUGGUAUGCUACAUUCUGGACUCGCUGCAUUUGAAGCAAGGGGCGAUGUUUGGAAUUUGGGGGACUCUAGGGGCGACAGGACUGGCGAUGAUUUUGACCGGAUCGACAUUUACGGCGUCGUCUACAUCGUUGGCGUUGCACGUGAGUUGCCUGUUCGUAUCGUUCCAGUUUAUGUUCCUGGUCGGGAUAUGGGCGUCCGUGCAAUUUCGGUGGAUGCAGCUGGAGAAUCCUGCGGUGGUGUUGUCGCUGGAGAGGGUUUUAUUCGCGUGCAUUCCGUUUACAGCUUCUACGAUACAGACAUGGGGGGUUGUGAUGGCUGUGGGGAUGACGAAUGCGCCUUACUAUUACAUGGUGUUUUUGUUCGAGCUCUACUGGCUUUUUGCAUUGCCAAUGCCUUCAUCGUUUAGGCUGAAAACUGAAAGAUCGUAUGGUGGGCAGUUUGCGGAGGAAGCCCUGAUUCAAGGCUCUCUUGAGGGUUCAUUCCACACGAUGGCACUUAUGUUCCUCCCCUUGCUUCUUCACAUCGGUUCACACCACGCUCGCCUGUUUUCUUCAGCAAAUGCCAUCUGUGACCUUCUGCUGCUGUUCUUUGUUCCGUUGCUUUUUCAGCUUUACGCUUCUACAAAAGGAGCUCUUAAUUGGUUGUACAAGGAUCAGCACCUGCUUCAACAAGUGAGGCUUAUGAAUGGUGCCAUAGCCUUGCUUGUCGUCAUACUCUGCCUGGAAGUUAGGGUCGUGUUCUACUCAUUUGGACAGUACAUCCAAAUUCCAUCGCCUUGGAACUACAUCCUUGUAACAAUCGCAGCUUUGGGAGGUGCAGCUGGACUCGUGGCAUACCUAUUCGGUCUAAUUGGAGAUGCUUUGACAGCUCCUCUACUCACUUCUCUCAUGGUGGCGGCUUCAUUUUCAGCAUCGAUCGCGAUCGGCUUGCCCUGGAUGUUCUUGCCUGCUCCAGUCAUUGCUGCAUACUUCAUCGCCCAGUUCUUCUUAAACAAGAGUAUCGUUUCCUACACGAUCUCUGUUGUAGCUGCGGUUGUGCCUUUAACUUGGUUCGUAGUGCACAAUUUUUGGUAUUUGAACAUCUGGUUGGGAGGAGCCCCCCUGCAAACAAUAUGCAAGUAUAUUAUUGGAGGCGCUGUGGUGGCGAUGGGUGUACCAGCACUUUCCCUUCUUCCCAACAAAUUACGAUAUGCUGCAGAGGCCGGACUCGUGAUUCAUGCUCUAAUUGUUUGCCAUUUGGAGAAUCGGCUUUAUAAUUUUACGAGCAUCUACUAUUUUUCCAUGGAGGAUGAUGUGGUGUAUCCCAGUUACAUGGUCGUUUUCACGACAGUGCUGGGUUUAGUGCUCGUGCAUCGUUUGGUAGCAGACAAGAGGAUCAGUUCAGUAUCUUGUUGGCUGACAACAUGUUUCUAUUUGUCCAAGCUUUCAAUGCUGUUCCUAAGUUCACCUCAUGUUGUGUGGGCGGCUGCGUUACUUCUUCUUGCAGUUACACCUCCACUAUUACUUUACAAGACUGGAAACAAGGGUGGAGGCUUCAAGAUGAAGCCAUGGCAAGGAAUGGGUCAUGCAGCCAUUAUUGGCAUUUCAGUUUGGCUUUGUCGCUUUACUUUGUUUGAAGCUUUGCAAUGGUGGACAGGGUUGACUCCUUCUGAUGGGUUGAUAUUGGGCAGCUUAAUUCUGUCAGCAGGUGUUGCAUGUGCUCCAAUCGUCACACAGCAUUUCUCUCACAUACAGAGUGCCAAGCGGGCGUUGGUGCUUGUGAUAUCCGUUGGAUUGUUGCUCACACUUAUGCAGCCUCCGGUACCUGAGGCUUGGACGUUCUGGUGGGACAAAGCUCACAUGCCAGAAAGAUCUGCCGACAGCUUGUCCAUUUAUGGUGCUGCAGCCGAAACACCUACAUGGCCUACAUGGCUCCUAAUCGUAACUAUCACGAUAUCACUGGCAGCACUAACUUCUGCAAUCCCAAUCCAAGAUGUUGUGGAGCUUCGUCUUGUGUACGCAGUGGGCAUGGGAGUCAGCACUGGUGUUUAUCUUUGUGCGCAAUACUUCCUUCAGGCUGCUAUCUUGCAUGUAUUGCUUGUAGCAGCUAUGGUAUGUGCCUCUGUUUUCCUGGUUUUUACACACUUACCUUCAGCGACAAGCCCUCGACUACUCCCUUGGGUUUUUGCAAUUUUAGUUGGGCUUUGUCCAGUUAUCUAUUUAGCAGAGGGACAAUUGAGGUUUCGAACUGGAGAUCGGGCAGGCAGUGAGGACAACUAUAUCACGCUUUUUGCUCUUGAGGGUUCAAGAGUAUCCUUGUUGGGUCUUUAUGCUGCAAUUUUCAUGGCGAUUGCUUUUGAAAUCAAGUUGAAGCUGGCAUCAAUCAUAGCCGACAAGUUAUCUGACAAGGUCGUUGGAGGUCCUGGACCUAAGUAUCGCCUGGCUCAGCAGCGCAAGCCUUCAUCAACCAGUGCGUUCAGCGUGAAAAAGCUCGCUGCAGAAGGGGCUUGGAUGGCAACUAUCGGCAAUGUGGCAACUUUGCUAUGUUUCAGCAUUUGUCUGAUUCUUAACCUUCACCUUACAGGAGGCUCCGAUCGGUCAAUUGUCGUCCUGGCCCCUAUUUUGUUGCUCUUGAAUCAAGACGCUAAUCUGUCGACAGGAUUCGGAGAUCGGCAGCGGUACUUUCCAUUGACUGCAGCAGCGUCUGGUUAUCUAAUUGUUUCUGCAGGUUAUCGUUUAUGGAUUGAAGUGUGGCAUGGCUAUCACAGCUCUGACUGGGGGUUGCAGACAGGUGGGCCGGGUCUCUUUUACCUUGUGAAGAAUAUAAUCCUUCUAAUGCUUACUACGCCCAAUCACUUUUUGUUCAAUAGGUUCAUGUGGAACUAUCUCAAGCAAUCAGACAUCACGUUGCUCUUGACAACGCCAAUGAAUCUGCCAGUAGCCAUCAUAACCGACAUUGUUAGUAUCAGAUUCUUAGCUUGCAUUGGAAUGGUCUAUGCCCUUGUCCAAUAUCUAAUCUCUCGUAACAUUCGGAUUGCUGGAAUGAGAUUAAUUUGAGACGCUUAUUUUUGGCCUCUUGUGAGAUAAUGGUUCACUGGUAGUUUGAAUCUCAAAGACAAUCUAAAACCUCUCUGGAUAUUCGUUCUAUUUUC